AUGGCGCCACAACUUCCUAUCGAUAUUCUGCCAGAAAUCCUGAAACACUUUGUUGGCGAACUUGAUGAACAAGAAGUCCUACAUAAUUUAUUGUUUGUCAAUUGGACCUGGUGUCACAAUGUAUUGCCACUUCUAUGGAGCAAUCCGUUUCUGCUUUGCCAACAACCAGAGAAUCGAGUAAAGCUAGUGAAUACAUUUGUCUCAUGUCUAUCAGAUCAUGAUAAAGCAUUCCUCGCGAGUCGUAAUCCCGACAUUGAGAUUCGACCUGAACCAACCACGAAAUACGCUAAAUACAUUACCGUUCUCGAGGAAAAGAACAUCAUCGAGUCGGUGAAUAGUUGGUAUGAGCAAUUGCCAAAACCCCCCAAAAAAGAGAAGAAAAAUACUUUGGGGACAGAAGGUGGUGAAACUGCUGCUGUCGAAGGAGGGGCGGAGACCGAUAAUGAAAAUGAAAGCAGGCGGGAAAAUGAGAGGAAAUACGAAGCGACAGUUGUCAGUGCAAUGUUAUUCAAGAUGUUUGUCGAACGCAGUAAUCAUAUUAAAUGGUUUAAUCUUGAUUGUGAUGUGAUCAAUGCAAAAUGGUACGAUGGUGCAAUCACUCAUCAAGAUUACAUGGCGGAUAAAAUUUUGAAAUCGGUCGCAAAGCAUCAGCAAAGCCUUGAUCGACUUGCGGUCGUGUUCAACAGUGGAGGUACACAAGCUGAUACAACUGAACUCGCGAAAUUGGUGGUCGACUGCAUUAAAGUCCAAGGAAGAUUCUUGCGUGAUUUUGUUAUUGAGAAUGCGGGCGGCGAGGAAUUCGCAGAAAUGCAUCACGCACUAAAACCUCGUGCUAAUUCAUUAAAACGUGUCGGUUACACACAAUGUGAUUUCACCAAAUUCCCAUGGGCUGUUGGGAUAGAGAUCCUGUCGCAGGUUAACGAAUUAUACUUUAUUGCAUGCACAAAUCUUCGUGAUAGUCAAUUGCAACAGUUAGAAGGUCGGAUGGAGAAACCUUUCCCUGAAUUUUAUUAUUAUGUCCUUAAAGGUCUUGAAUAG